GAUUUGGUUAAAAAAAAACCUACUGAUACCGACAUUGCCGCAACACAUCUCAUGUUGAGAUUAAGAGAUCAGAAAAAGGAGCAGUUUGAUAACAAAAAAAAUAACAAGAGACAGCUAUGGGCUGGGAUAGCUGAAGAGCUGACGAGGAACGAAUUUAUGUUGGGGGCGAAUGGCGGUGAAAGGUGCCGCCAAAAAUUCGCCAAUUUGACUAAGGCAUACUUGAAAUAUAUAAGAAACCAGAAGACAACAGGGGCAGCCUUCAUGGAGCAUCCUCCAUUUUUUGAGGAGGUCCACUCAAUUUUAGGUGAGAAGCAUAAGACUCAACCAAAGCAUUUAGUGGACAGCUUGGAGGAUGAGCCAAUGCCUGAGGCCCCUAUGCCCGUGCAAGAAGCGCAAGUAAUGGAUGAGGGCGCUUCUUGCAGCUACACCACUCGAACGGAACCAGCCACUGACCGGUUCAAAAACCUGAGAGACACUCCAACCUCCAGAACCAACAAAGGGGAUCUGGUUCUUCAGGAAUUGAGGAGCCACCAGGUAGAACAAAGGAGGCAGUUCGACGUGCUUGCUGCUCAUCUUAAAAAAACAGAGGAGCAGAGGGAGAAGCUCCUCAAUAUAAUGGAGGAAUUUUUCACAAGAAAGAGGAAGAGGCAGGAAGAUUCUGAUGGAGAAUAA